AAAUAUUUUGAUUUCGUCCUGGCCGAAGCGCGGUUCUGUUCAGCCCAGAGUGGGGAGAUUGGGCUGGGUCGAGCGGACCCAAUAGCACAAAGCUGCACAACUUUUGGAUUACUAUAUAGGAGCAAAAUCCAAUGUUGUUUAUACUAAACAACAGAGUUUCCACAUAGAAGACUUUCUUGUCUUCCUCGCCUCCAGAGACAGCGAGCGAGAGAGAGAGCAUGAAGUUCGCAGUAAAGGCAUGGAGCAACGGAAGGGCACGAGCAGGAGUGCUCCAUCUGGGAAGCUGCCCGAGCCCAAUAGAGACACCUUCUCUUCUGCUUUCUACACGUAAAGGGCUGCCCGUUUUCAUUUCCCCUGACCUCCUUCCCUCUCUUCCUUCCCCUGAUUCACAUCUACUCCAAGUUUGUCCCCUUCACUUCUUGGAAGGCCUUUCACCUAAAACCAUUUCAAGUGUUGGAGGACUUCAUAACAUGCUUGGUCUGCAUGACUAUGGACUUGCUGCUGUAGCAAGGGACUCUAUUAACUGCCUUCCUCAAUGUGAUAGCACUAACAAGUUAGGAGCAUCCUUUGAGACUCCUUGUGGUCGUCUUUUGAUUAAACCUGUUGAAUACAUGGAAAUGAUCUCUUCCUUGGGGCCGAACAUAUGGGCUACCUUGGCUGAUGAAGUGCCUACAUGGGUAUCUGACAAGAGAAACAAGACCUCAGUGGAUCGAACUGUGAGAUGGAUGGAUGAAUGCAUUGCAUUAGGCCCAGCAGGCGGAGCUGUUUUUGGAGCUGUUGUUGGAGGUUCUAGUAUAGAAGAACGCAGACGAUGUGCACAAGAGGUAGCUAGGAGAAAUGUAUCAGGUUACUGGAUUGGAGGCUUUGGGCUAGGAGAAAGCAUGAAUGAGCGCCCUGCUCUGCUGAAUGCUGUUACUGAUAUUUUACCAGAGGAAAGCCGCCAAAUAAACUCUUUUAUUAAUCUCACAGAGGAGGUCUUGCAGGGUGUUGCUUCAGGCAUUGAUCUUUUUGACUCUGUGUAUAUAUAUCACCUUACCCUUGGAGGCUUUGCACUUACCUUUCCACUGGAUGGAGUUGAUAAAAAGAAAUCUGAUUUUCAGCUCAGUGAUAUCGGAGUUGACCAUACAAAGAUUAAUUUAAGGGCUACAGUAUACAGGAAAGAUGCUUCACCACUAGUCAAAAGCUGUAGCUGCUAUACAUGCCAGAACCAUACAAAAGCAUACAUAAAUCACCUGCUCAAUGUUCAUGAAAUGCUGGCUCAGAUUCUGCUUGAAAUACAUAAUACUCACCAUUAUCUGGGCUUCUUCCGCACGAUACGAGAAGCAGUUAAAGCAGGAAAAUUUGAGCAGUUUCGGCGACAGUUCCUUGAGAGUAGGCGUGACUGUCUUUCCGUGGCUGCUGCCAAUGCAUAAAUUUACGCGAGCACUA